AUGGCCAACGAAGCUGCCCUCCUCUGCGGGAGCAGCGCGGUUGCCACCAGCGGCACGAACGUCGAGCGGGACACGCAGGAGGACGGCGGCCGAGUACAGGGACAGGACCGCGCUCCCAGCCCAUCUUCGACUUCUCCUCGCCUCGGCGGGUUCUACGGCGUCGCGCAGGAGCUCGGUGAGGAUGGAGGGGGUGCCGACGGCGUGGACGGCUUCGGCAGCGUGGACGGCGCCUCGGCCACGGCUGCUCCUGCGCGCGGGCCCGUGCGGCUCUUCGCGCUACGCCGCCACGUCUACGCGGCGACCGUGGCCCUCACGGUCGACCGCGACAUCCGGCGACCGGGCUGGCAGUGCGACGGCUGCGACGUCGACCCUCCGGCGCUGUCGGCUUCUGAGGCUGCCGCUGGCCGAGAGUGGCUCCGCUCCCAGUUCGGGCUUGGGUCCCCGUGGCGGGCUUGGGCGAGCAAGGAGCGGCGGCGGCGCCCUCCCGCCUGA